GACAUUUCACGACAAAACAAUGGUUUAUUGCGUAUCGCUUAAUAGCGUUAGAUAGCUUUUUUAAGGACAGGUCGGAAACAUCCGGUAUAAAGUUAUAUUUCAGUUGGCAUAUGCCACAGAAAGCAGAUUCUGAAAGACGACCGCUUUGUAUAAGAAAAAUAACAUCUGAACCUUUCAUUUAGAAUGAGUGUCUUGGUAAAGAAAGUGAACCAAAAGCACAACAGAUGGUGGGAUGUGUUUUGGGGGCAGGGAAGAUAUUUAAUGGAGUAUAAUCCGCUCUGAUGUCACUGUAUGUUGAAGGAGGGGUCUGAGAUCCGGGCGCUCCGUUUGCCUAAUCCCAAUGUGUUGUUAAGAGCAACCGAAGAUGAAGGCGAGCCGAAAAGCCCUUCUUCAGCGCCUGUUCUCAUAACAGGCUGUUCAGAAGCAUCUAGAGAAUGAGCAGUGAGUGGGCGGAGUCAUGAGCCAUAAGGAGGAGCCAGGUCUGAGGGGUCCUCCUCCUCACCGCAGCAAGCAGCCUAAUGGGACUCCCCUCGAGGGAGGUCGACCAAGAUGGAGACCGUGCCAGCUGCACAAUCCGGAUGCAGAAAGCCAAGGCCACCAUCAUCACCAAGCCAACCAGCCUGGAUCUAGCCGAGCUCCACCGCAUCACCGUAGGCGGCGUGUUCCCGGUCAAGCACAACGCAGGCGGACUGAGAGCGGAGAUACAGAAGCAAAAGCUGGCCAACCGCCCAAGCCGGGGGCGACGAGACACCAUCGAAGUGGAGAUAGACUCCAUCAGCACAGAUCUAGACAGCAGCACAGAGAACAACAACAACAUGCAGUCAGCACUCCUACAACAGAUCAAACUUUAGAAACGUCUCCAGAGGAUUCCUCUCAAGAACUGCUGACUCCAUCUCAUCAGGCUGAACCGAUCACAGAUAAACCCGAUGGAGACCAGGCUGAUUCCGUUGAUGCACAAACGGCUCAUGAUCCAGAUGUAGAAGAGCCUUCAAAGGAACUGUUGGAGGAGAAAGAGCAAUGUGAAAAAUCAACGUUUGGCAAAAAGAAUGAAGAAGAAGAGGAUUACCCCAAAGAAACACCUGAGCAGAGUGAACAGGAUUACGGUCCAUCAAAGAUUCCAGCUUCAAAAACGACCUUUCGUCCUGAAAGUAAAAGAACCAGCCCCCUCAGAGUAGAUGUUCCACCAUUCACCACAUCUCCUCAUCAAAUGAUGAACAAACCUCUUUUUCAGUCUCAACAAUCCUUUCCCGAGUCGCUUCGCACCUACAAUGCUGAGCCCAAGUCCAACCCUGCUUAUUUUACCACUGGUUACACUCAGACAAACAAGGACACAGAAUGUAAUAAUAGUUAUCAUGAUGAAGACCACCAAGAUGAACUCUCGGACUCUAGUCAUGAGGCCUGCUCUGAUUCAUACCCACAACUAAGCCCUGAAUCACAUCUAGAGACUCCAUGUCAGACAGAAUCAUACCAACACAACCUAUCAGAUCCCAGUCCAACAUCCGAGGAAGGUCAAAUCUUUGAGAGGAACCAAAGCACGUCCAUGGAUGAAUGCGACGAGCAGUGCAACCUUCAGGAAGACGUCAGUCAGCAUUGUUCGGUGGGCUCUAGGCUUCACCAUUACGAUGAGCAGUCGGGAGAUGAAGCUGAACGCUCGCGGAGAGUCAGGAAGAGUUCGGUCAGUCUUUCACUGACAGUUCAGGAGCAAACUGAAACGGGAGGACCCCACAGACCAUCCACUCCAACCCAGCAUCAACCACCGGAGUCUUGCAGACCUUCAGGAGAUGCUGUGUCUUUGGCCAUCAAGGAUAUUAGGGAAGCCAUUGAGGAGGUAAAAACCAAGACGGUGCGUUCACCCUACACGCCCGACAAGCCCACAGAGCCUGUGUGGGUGAUGAGACAGGACUUGAGCCCCGUUGAUGAGUUUCAGAUUCAACCUCAGUUUCAGUCAUAUCCACAGUCACCAUCUCAGCACUCGCAGUCUUCACCGCAGAACACGUCUCCAAUUCAAGAUGUAGUACUACCUGCGGGAGCAGAAUCCUCUGGAGUUCAUUAUCAGGAGGACCAGGAUAUAGACGUGAGUCCCAGUGUGCCAAGUGAAGAGACGAGGAGAAGUUUGGCCUCUUUCCCUACAUAUGUUGAUGUUCCUGGCCCAUGUGACCCCGAGGAUUUGAUUGACGGCAUCAUUUUUGCUGCAAACUACUUGGGUUCCACCCAGCUGCUGUCAGAACGAACGCCCACAAAGAGCGCACGCAUGCAGCAAGCCCAGGAGGCCAUGACUCGCGUCCGGCAAGCUACAGAGAGCGGGACGGCAUCCAGCACAGAGGUGGAUCUUUUUAUAUCUACGCAGAGGAUCAAAAUGCUCAGCGCUUACACACAGGACACCAUGAUGGACCAUCCGCUGAGGACCAUCUCAUACAUAGCCGACAUCGGCAACAUGGUUGUGCUGAUGGCUCGCAAGAAGAUGAUUCGCUCUCAGAGCGCUCAGGAAAACCUGGAUGCUGCCGACACCCAUCACACCAACCCGGCGCGAGACGACCAGAGGCAGUACAAGAUGAUCUGCCACGUUUUUGAAUCAGAAGACGCUCAGCUGAUCGCUCAGUCCAUUGGUCAGGCCUUCAGCGUCGCUUAUCAGGAGUUCCUGAGAGCCAACGGCAUUGACCCAGAGGACCUGAGCCAGAGAGAGUACAGCGAUCUGCUCAACACUCAGGACAUGUACAACGAUGACCUCAUUCACUUCUCCAAAUCUGAAAACUGCAAAGACGUGUACAUAGAGAAACAGAAGGGCGAGAUUCUGGGUGUGGUUAUCGUGGAGUCCGGCUGGGGCUCUAUUCUUCCCACGGUUAUCAUCGCCAGCCUGAUGCACGCUGGACCUGCUGCCAAGUCUGGAAGACUCAACAUCGGAGAUCAGAUCAUGACUGUUAACGGCACCAGUCUGGUCGGACUGCCGCUCUCCACGUGUCAGAGUAUCAUUAAAGGGCUAAAAGCUCAAUCCAGAAUUAAGUUGAACAUCGUCAGGUGCCCCCCGGUAACCAUGGUUCUGAUACGUAGACCAGAUCUGCGCUAUCAACUGGGCUUCAGUGUGCAGAAUGGCAUUAUUUGUAGUCUCAUGCGAGGGGGGAUCGCAGAGAGAGGAGGGGUCCGCGUAGGGCAUCGCAUCAUCGAGAUUAACGGUCAGAGCGUAGUGGCAACACCCCAUGAGAAGAUUGUUCAUAUUCUGUCAAAUGCUGUGGGAGAGAUCCAUAUGAAGACAAUGCCUGCAGCUAUGUAUCGACUGCUCACUGCCCAGGAACAACCCGUCUACAUCUAAACCUCUGCAGGGCUACAAGAUCCCGUUCACAUAUGCUUAUUCACUCUUUAUAUUUAUUUCAAGAUUAAUAUAACUGUUUACACAUUUAUUUAACUGGAUGUAUUUAUUCCAUUAGUAUAGAAACCAAACGAUUCCACAAGCAUUUGACUUGCCUUAAUCUCUGUGGGUCUGAACAGUUAUUUGUAAGCUCACGAUUUAGUUGCAUUAGUUCAAUGUGUUCAUCCAAGUACCAAAGAUAAAUGAAUGAUAAUCGAUCAUGUGCACAACACACUACUGGACCUAAAAAACGACCACACAGAGAACUGAAUGGCAGUGAGCACAGAGUAAUGGUAUAAAUGUCUGUAUUUUGCUGUGAACUGCAUAUGAUUGCUAUCAAUAAAUAUACAGUAAGUAAAUAAGUCAAAUUUAUUUUGUCAUUUUGAAUAGUAUUUUCCAUAUAUGUUAUUUUUAAAACAACAACAUGGGUAACACAGUUGAAUGGUGGAGAUGUACAAUACAAUUUGCUUUAUUUUUGUAUUCUCUCUCUACUUUAGAAAGGUUCCAAAUGAUGACAAAAAAAAAAACCAUGAACACACACGUUUAUAAAGCAUUUUAUGUGACCAUUCAUUCAAAUGGUGUGUUAUGUGUAAGGCAAAGUUUAAAGGUGCUGUGAAAUGGCUUUUUAUUUUAAUUAUUUUAAACUGUUGUUUAAGUAAAGUAACUGAUGUUUACUUAUAACGGUUUUUACAUUAAAAAACAUCAAAAUCAAUACGUAAUAGGCUAUUUUCUACCUUGGUUUUGAGGCAGGCAUUGCAGACUUGGAAGUUAAUGCCCACUGCUGUGAUUGGAUAACAGUCAACUCCCCGUCAGUACAUGUAAUCGUUUUGAAAACUUCCAAGGAGUAGAAAUGGCAACCUGAGUCAUUCAUCCAUAUAUGUUGGAGCCAGAGCCUGAUCCCGAAUUUCAAGACGAUGAACCGACUACAUCUGAAAUACCAAAGAUGCUCCAGCCUAUGACAGCGUGGAAAGUCCUUAUCACAUGGGUUACUCGACCUCUCCAAGGCCCCCCACUGUAUAGAGCUUGGGAAUCUACGUCUUUGUGCAUUGCAUUCUGGGCCAUGUUUUAGGACAGCGUACAAUGACAGCAAAUACAAAUCAUCAGAGGAAAAAUGACUUUAUUUACAUAAAAAAUUGAAGAGCUGCUUGCACAUACUUAGAAUAAAUGGACUAAUACUUGAA